AUGGCCACACAAACAUUCGAGACCAACGGUGUCCGAAUUGCCGUCGAGGGCUGCGGGCACGGUACUCUCAACGCUAUCUACGCCGCUGUCGCGGCCUCUUGUGAGGCCCGCGGCUGGGACGGCGUGGACCUCCUUAUCAUCGGCGGCGACUUCCAGGCCGCUCGCAACGCCGCCGAUCUCACCGUCAUGUCUGUCCCCGCAAAGUAUCGCGAAUUGGGCGACUUCUGGGAAUAUUAUGCCGGAAACCGCACGGCGCCCUAUCUGACUGUCUUUGCGGGCGGAAACCAUGAGGCGGCUAGCCACAUGUGGGAGCUGUUUUACGGCGGCUGGGCCGCGCCCAACAUCUACUACCUAGGCGCCGCCAAUGUGCUUCGCCUGGGCCCGCUGCGAAUUGCUGGCAUGAGCGGCAUCUGGAAGGGCUUUGACUACCGCAAGGCGCACCACGAGAGGCUGCCAAUGGGCCCGGACGAGAUCAAGAGCUUCUAUCAUGUCAGAGAGGUAGAUGUCAGGAAGCUGCUGUUGCUGAGAGAGCAGGUUGACGUCGGUAUCAGCCAUGACUGGCCUAGAGCGAUCGAGAGGUGGGGUGACGAGAAGGCGCUAUGGAGGAUGAAGCCUGACUUUGAGAGGGAGUCGAAGGACGGCACACUGGGAAAUGUUGCGGCGGAGUAUGUAUGCGAUCGUCUGAGGCCACCUUACUGGUUUUCGGCGCAUUUGCACUGCAAGUUUGCUGCGUUAAAGAUAUACAAGGACAAGGGUGCAACUGCACAGGAGACAGCUCCGGACCCGGCUGAGACUGCAGCACCCGCUCCGGCACACGAGCCGGUUGUUGCGCCUGAUAACCCGGACGAGAUUGAUCUCGACGCGCAACUCCCUGCCUCCUUCAUGCGUCCACCGCCGCAGCCCAAGAGAACACCCGGCCAACCCGUUCCGUCGACAAUCACAAACAAACAGGUCAACUUCCUCGCUCUCGACAAGUGCCUGCCCCGACGCCACUUCCUCCAGCUCCUCGAGGCGCACCCUCACAACGUCCUCCCCGCUGACCAGCCCUCGCCGAAACGCCCGUUCCGUUUGCAAUAUGACCCGGAAUGGCUCGCCAUCACCCGAGUCUUCCACUCAUCCCUCAAGAUUGGCGAUCCGUCUGCGCAGCCGAGCCCGGACCUGGGCGAGGAGCACUACGUGCCGCUCAUCGACGCAGAGCGCCAGUGGGUUGAAGAGAACGUCGUGAAGAAGGACAAGCUGGACGUCCCGCUCAACUUUGAAAUCACGGCGCCGCCACACGUAGAGGGCGAGCCCGUAUCUGUGCCGCACCAGCCGUUCGAGUACACAAACCCGCAGACAUCGUCGUUUUGCGAGUUGCUGGAGGUUCAGAACCUUUGGGACGCCAGCGAGGAGGAGAGGAUGGAAAGGAAGGCGAAAGGCCCCUCCGCUGGCGAGUUUAGAGGGCACCGGGGCGGUGGUAGGGGGUUCCAUAGAGGCGGUGGACGGGGUGGACGGGGUGGACGGGGACGGGGUAGAGGAAGGGGCGGCGGAGGCAGAGACAGAGGUUGGCAUUGA